AUUUUGUUAAACUAGUGAUCAUAGGUGAGAUACUGUUCUGCAUUUUAAAUUUUAAUUUUCACCUCUAUUAUUCAAACACUUGCUCGGAAUUUAAACUCUCAGAGUCCAUCAAUUAUACGAUUCAAAAUGUUAUCAUUAAACAAAAUUGCUAAAUGUCUCGUAAGUAUUGAUUUAUGAUAGUCUAGAACAAAAAAAUUGUAAUUCUCUAAUUUUUAUUUCAUUAUUGUUAUAGUUGUCAAAUUCAAGAACUUUUCAGACCUCAGCUGCAGUAAAACACGAUGCAUUGUACAAUGUAAGUAAUACCUACCUUCAAACGUUUUUUGUGAAGCCUUGUCUGUACAUUACUUUUCAGUCUUUUUGACUAAUCCAGAUAAAAACAAAACUUAAUGACAAGAGCAUCAGAUUACACUACCUAAUGAGUUAUAAUAACUAUAAAUAUUACAUACCUAUUUGUUUUUCAGGUUAAUAAAAUGUUGAUUUUAGUUAUAAAAAUGUUUUAGUCUGAUAAUAGACAAUUUUAUUGUACUGAACACAUAAUGUAAAAAGUACUCUUUGGUUUAAUAAGGUACCUAAUACCACAUAUUUUUAUGAGUAAAAAAAAAAAUGGAAAAGUGUAUAUUUCAUAAAUAAUGCCUACUUUUUACCUAGUUACAUUAUUUUUCUGUAGUAAAAACCUAUUUUAGAUUUGGAUAAAAUUUAAAUAAAUUAAUAUGUACGCCUCUUUUAUUUAUUGCAUUUUUCAUAAUAUUGAUGUAAAUCUUCGAUGGUUUCUUUAUAAAUUAUAUUUAUUUAUAAGAGGAGCAUAGUAUAUUUUUUAUAUUUAUUUCAAUUUUCAGCACAGAGAUACUAAAGAAGAUAACCUUGAUAUCAAGUUUAAAUUCACCGAUGACAACAAAAAAGUAAUAUUACUUUUAUUUUCAUUCAAUGUAGUAAUAAAUUUAUUCAUAUUUAUGUAAUAUUCUGGAUUUUUGCUAUAGAGAAUUGAUGCGAUAUUGGCUAUAUAUCCAGAAGGUCACAAACGAGCGGCUAUGAUCCCACUUUUGGAUUUGGCCCAGAGGCAGCACGGCUGGUUACCUAUUUCCGCUAUGCACGCAGUAGCUGACAUAUUAAAUUUACCAAAAAUGAGAGUUUACGAAGUCGCCACUUUCUACACAAUGUUUAUGCGAAAGCCGACUGGCAAGUAUCAUGUUCAGGUGUGUACUACGACUCCUUGCUGGUUGCGAGGUUCCGAUGAUGUAUUGUCAUGUCUGAAGAAAAAACUUAACAUUGGCGUGGGUGAAACCAGUAAAGAUGGCCAGUGGACAUUAUCUGAAGUAGAAUGUCUUGGUGCGUGUGUCAAUGCUCCAAUGGUACAGAUCAAUGACGAUUACUAUGUAAGUGAAUAAGUGAUUAUACUAUGUGAGUUUUUUUUUCCUUAAAUGCUAGUUACUUAUUUUGAACAACCCAAACCAAUUCUUCCAAUUCUCAAAUUGUUAAUCUUAAAUAUUAGUGUAGAAAUAUAUUUUAUUAAUAACUAUUUAGUAUUCAAGAUACUUCAAAACCGUUUAAAAGUCUAAUAAUAUAUUAUAAAAUACUUAUAGGAAGAUUUGUCUACCAAAGAUAUGGAAUCCAUUGUUGAUGACCUAAAGAAUGGAAAAACUCCUACUCCAGGACCCAGGUGAAACACUCUCAAUAAGCAAUGUUUAUAAAAAUCAUUAACAUGCAAUUUUUUAAUUAAUAUAUAGAUCCACUCGAUAUGCUUCAGAGCCGAUCAACGGAUUAACAUCGUUGAAAGAAGAACCCUAUGGCCCUGGAUUCCAAGUGAGACCUGAUUUAUAAACACUAUAGGAUACCUUCGUCGUUUAAACUUGUCGUGUUGAAUAAGUAAUCAUUAGUGUUUUUUCCUUUAUAUGUUAUAUAAUUUAAACAAAAUAAAACAAUAUACCCAUCAUUGUAUAAUUAUUAAAUGAAAUUACUUAAGAUACAGCACUAAAAUUAAAGAUCAUUUGUUUUGUAUAUUUUUCUGGUUUAUUAAUUUAAAAAAAAUAAUAAUAAUCAACAAAUUAAUAUUCAAAAAUAAAAUAAAUAUAAAAGAAGAAACUUUACCUGGAAUAUUAUUGAUAGUUAUAUUACCCAAUGGUGAUACAAUAGGUCUAUUUUCUUCUGAUAUAUUUAUUUUUUAUAUGUUUAUAUUUAAUUAUUUAAUUUAAUUUUUAAACACAUGACAUCAUGAGCCUUUAAAUUGUGAUUAUAUUUGAACCGCCGGUGACAUUUGUGACACUCGUACAACAAGUCUAGACCGCACACUUUGCUUCUGUGGUGGACAAGGGAUGAGCAAUCGUCGAAUGUGUCCAAACAGUCUGGACAUGUGUGCCUUUCGUCCAACCUGAGCUUCAUGAACAAUUUUUCAUCCAGAUCGUCUGAUAUGCCUAAACGAUUGUAACAACAGUUUAUAUCAUAAAUUUCAGUGAAUAUAUUAAAAUAGUCCUAGCAAAUAGUAGUGUUAUAACUUUAAAAGCAAUACAGAUUUUUUUAAACAGUAAUAUGAUAGGUACCUUAAGAAAUAAAUGAUAUAAGGUAUAAUAGUGUGUUCUUUUAUUUUUUUAUUGUUUUUACCAAACAUAUUGGUGUAAUUGAUUAUUACAUCAGGAAGAACUUAACAAUAUCAAAAAGAACAUUUUGUUUUCAGUAAAACACAAUUUAAUUAAUAAUCAUAAAAUUAAUCUAAAUAUGUAUCACAAAAUAUCAAAACAAUAAUCAUCAAAGCUGGGCAGUAACUUUUUUGAUAACUUUAAUUUAACUGGUUGAAAAAAAUUAGAAUGUAAGAAACUAAGUUAGUUGUUAUUUAGUAAUUAUUUACUAAUUUGUUUGGAAUAAGAAAACGCUACAUAUAUUUUGAAUUUAUUUUUUGAUGAACAAUUUUUUAUAUGAAUAUUAUUAUUAAAUAAUAAGACAAGCAUAGUACCUAUGCAGGUAUAUGACUUACUCAUACUAGUCUUGUAUAGUAAGUUUAUAAAAGUUUAAGUAUUAAAUUAAAAACAAAUUUUUAUGAGUGUAAUAAAGUGUAAUUUUUAAAAAAUAAUUAUUUUUUUCAAAAUGUAAAACUUAACUUAGUUACUCAAAUUCAUUUAAACUUUAAAAUCAAUUUUUUUUAAGAUAAUUAAAUGUUAACAAGUAAAAAAAUUAGUUAACUUGCCCAGCUAACUAAAGAUGUACACUACAAAAAUCACAAAUAAUAAUAUAAUAUUUUUAUGAGAGCGAAUGGCACACAAGACAAUAAUAAUAUAUUAUGCUAUUGUUGUUGACUAGAGCACAUAUUAUUAUAGGUAAUACUAUAUUUAUAUACAGGGUGUAUUUGAAUUUGAGAAACACUAUCAUAAGGUCACAUCAGUUGCAUCAUCUGGGGAAAUGGACGUAAUCUAGUAUUUGCACCAGUAUAAAUUAGUCUCAAGUCGAUAUAUUGGUUGAUCCCAGACUUUGGAUAGUCUGAAAAUAUUACGUCAAAAUAACGUACACAAUCACAUAUAUCUUACUUUCAUACGCCCUCUAAGUUAUCUACAGUCAAAUUUUAGAUUUUCUUAACUUCACAAUGGUGUUUUUAAAAUCAAAUUUACAAUUUGAAUGCCAUAAAAAUAUAUAGGUAUGUGAUCAUUUCUUUGUAAGUUUGAAAUUUUUAAUACCUAUUAAAUGAAGGGCAUUUCCAGAAUUAAUAUAUCCUUUUUUCAUCAGUCGGCAAAUUUAGUAGACCCCAGUCUACCAGAUAUUGUAUGCCAUCCCAGUAAAAUUCCCAUCCAAUGUGUCACAACGCCAUAAAAAAUUUACUGUUCGGGAACACAGUUAUUAUAUUGAUUUCAAAUACACCCUGUAUAAUAUUCGCACCACGGUGGUCUCCCGUCACCACCGAGGCGCGGCUGCGGCGGACGAUGAUCACUUGUGGUGUGUCUUCAUGUGCAGCAGCAGGUUGUGCUUGUGUUUAGACUUUUUGUGGCACACGGGACACUCGAAUUUGGGGUCGACGCCGCACUCGAACCGGACGUGCCUGGACAGGCUGUGUAGCCGGGCGUACGUUUUGAUGCACCGGGUGCAUUUGUACAAAGUCGGUUGUCGUUGCGGACGAUAAAACCCGUCGACCGUCGUCGACUGCAGUUGUUGUGCCGUGAGCCCGCCACCGCGGAGGAUUCGGUCACCUGUAUAGAGACGGCGGGAAAAACAAUACAGAAAAAGCAAAAAAAAAAAAAAAAACAACAACCAAUUAGUACGGCCGGACGCCGUAUUAUUUGUGUUUCAGGGCCAGCGUAUUAGGUACUCAUACAGUUCAACGCACAUGCACGCUAACUAUUUUUUUUAUGUUUUUUUUUUUUUUUUUAAAAACGCAAUAACGACACACAACAAAUCGCGGGGGUAAAAUAAGCAACAAUCGGUCUCGGGUGUGCGCGGACAGCGCCCUCCUCUCCGUUCCAAUGCCGAAAUUAACGGUUGGGGCCGCCAAGGGCCACGAAUCCCAUUUUUUUACUCUCGAAAAUAUCCCUGUCACCUCGGGGUCGCUGUAAAAAUAAACGCGCAAGCAGGCAGAGGGCGUUUUGGGUUUCGCGUGUUAUUCCUCUCAUUGUUUUUUUCUCGACAAUAGGCAAGGUUGAGAAAGUUUUGGAUUCCCGGAUACCCCUGGAUUCUCACCCCCCCCCCUCUACCCCGUCAUUGGUAAAACCACCCGGUCACGUCACUGGGUAAAGGUGUAGCCGCGCUGUUAUUCGUCCGCCGGCCGGUCGUCGCCGUGCGGACUGCGAGCGUCGAAAACCCUCUUACGUAAAACUACGCUAAUAAUAAUCAAUAACAUUGCGGAUUUUCGUUCACCGACAUAGCAUUGUGAUGUAUAUUUUUUCAAAAUUACAUUUAUACACGAUGCAUAAACACAUCGACCGCGUAUUUCAGCGACACAUGAUGGUACACAGGAAAAAAAAAAAAAAAAAAAAAAAA